UCCCCCUUCGUUUUCCAGUGUAGUGCGUUGAUUUCAUACCAAAGUCAUACUUAACAUUCCACUUAUACUGUCAAACGUCUGACAAAUAUUACGGAAAACAACAAGGCGCCAAAACACAACAAAGUUCCUAAAAAAGAGCAGCCGGCCUCCGAGAGAAUAAUAGGGAGACWGCCAGAGGAAUAAAGACCUGGACCCAUCAGACCUGAGGAACCCAUCAGUUUUACCACCAGCUGCCCCAAAGAGACACAGGAACGAGCUGGAGGAAUAACUUCAACCUGGUUUGGACUUUUGCAUCCUGAGAGAUCUCCUACCGAUCCUUUGCUGUCGGGGCUCGGGGUUGGGCCCAGUGGGAGCCGCCACCAUUGCGUCCAACGAGUGGAGCGCCAACGGUAGCCCAGAAGAUGGGCUUGAUGGAGAAAAUGAGGACAAGACCAUGGACGGGGACGCYGAGGGCGUAUGGAGUCCAGACAUCGAGCAGAGUUUCCAGGAGGCCCUCGCCAUCUACCCUCCCUGCGGCAGGAGGAAAAUCAUCCUGUCAGAUGAGGGGAAGAUGUACGGUCGCAACGAAUUGAUUGCAAGGUACAUCAAGCUGAGGACAGGCAAAACCCGCACACGAAAGCAGGUGUCUAGUCACAUACAGGUGUUAGCACGGAAGAAAGUGCGUGAAUACCAGGCGGGUAUAAAGGUUUCUAGCCACUUGCAGGUUCUCGCCCGGAGAAAAUCUCGCGAGAUCCAGUCAAAGCUAAAGGCGAUGAAUUUGGAUCAGGCAUCUAAAGACAAAGCCCUGCAGAACAUGGCGACACUGUCCUCGGCACAGAUCGUCUCCCCGAGUAUGAUAAAGAAUCAUAUUCAGACACUGUCUCCUGCCCCGUACCCACCAGCCAGAUUCUGGCCGGCUCCAAUCCCAGUACAGGCUGGACCAUCUCAGGACACCAGGAUGGUUCUAGAUCUCAACCCGGGAAGGACUCCUGGGCCCGGCUGCACCAGCCAUGCCAUCAAACCAUUUGUACAACCCCCAUACCCAAACCUACAAGGUCCUGUUCAACAACCCAUGUCAGCCUAUGAGCCCUUGGCGACGCCUCCUGCACCAGCAGCUACAGCGGUUCCAGUGUGGCAGGAUCGGACAAUCGCGUCCUCCAAGCUUCGGAUGCUGGAGUACUCGGCUUUUAUGGAGGUCCAGAGAGACCCGGACAAUUACAGCAAACAUCUGUUUGUCCACAUUGGACAGACCAACCCCUCCUACAGUGAUCCUCUCCUGGAGGCUGUGGACAUCCGGCAAAUCUACGACAAGUUCCCUGAAAAAAAGGGCGGGCUCAAAGAGCUUUACGAGAAAGGCCCCCAGAACGCUUUUUUUCUUGUUAAAUUCUGGGCCGACCUGAACAGCAGCGGGAUGCUGGACGGCCCAGGCUCCUUUUAUGGCGUCAGCAGCCAGUACAGCAGCAUCGAGAACAUGACGAUCACCGUUUCAACCAAAGUCUGCUCAUUCGGCAAGCAGGUUGUUGAAAAAGUCGAGACAGAAUAUGCCCGCAUGGAGGGAGGRAAGUACGUUUACAGGAUCCACCGCUCCCCUAUGUGCGAGUACAUGAUCAACUUUAUCCACAAACUUAAACACUUGCCUGAGAAAUACAUGAUGAACAGUGUUCUUGAAAACUUCACAAUCUUACAGGUGGUGACAAACCGCGACACCCAGGAGACCCUUCUCUGUAUAGCUUUUGUUUUUGAGGUUUCUAACAGUGAACAUGGAGCUCAGUAUCACGUCUACAGACUUGUUAAAGAAUAACGACUUCUGGAAAAGCCUGAUGCAAUGUCUCUUCGACCACCUCAGCCAUCCAGGAGAAGCUACGACAAAUAAAUAAAUUWAAAAAAAGAACUUUAACAACGGUAGACUGAAUUAACAUGGACACAUUUUAUGCUUUAAAGAAAGAAUGCAAGGAAAAACAAAAGUGUAAACGUGCCAAUACGCCAAGAAAAUUUGAAGAACUGUGGACAACCAGCCAUUUUUUUUUCAUGUGUUUAAAAAAAAAUAUGAAGUGGGUCAUUUAUGAUUGAUGAAGUUUGAAAGGUUUUAUUGAUGGAACGAGAAUGUGGUUAGGUUGGAAAGGACUCUCAGCGGUAACCAAGUGAACAACAAGCAACAGAAGUGUACAUUGGACUGCAAAAGUGGAUACAAUUGGACCACGGAAAGAGGAAAACCAGAGGCAAGUUUUUUUUAAGUUUGCGAGGACAGCAAGUGCCUUGUUUUUUACCAAAGGUUACAUCAUUGCCUGCCACUUUGAAUUGCCUUUUCUUUUUUUUUUUACUACCUCUUGUUUUUAAAUGAACAUAAACUAUUCUUACACGUAUUUUGUUACAGACAUAAUAGAAGAAAAAAAUCAGUUCAGCAUCUGUGGGGGCAGAUUUUGAGGAAAUGGGAUAACUAAUUUCCAUGAAGCCUGUUUUUCAAAAUAACAUUUAAAAAAAUAAAAAAUAAUACAUUUUAAAUAACUCAUCCCAAGCUUAACAAYUGAAAUGUUUUGGGGGGAUUUCCUUGUCUUGUUGUGUUUUAAGGUUCUGCUUUUUUUUAUAUUUUACUACACAAGUACAAAUCAGGUCUUACCAGCAUCUAUCUGUUACUGACCAUUGACACUAAGGAUGGKUUUUAAAGUUGCUAGCCUUUCGUACGAGACCCCCUGUUAUUUCCCUCAGUUUGAAGACGUGUGCUCGGAUGCACUUAUGUUGAACUACGACAGGGGUUUGCAACAACAGCAGUGCUUAUUUUCUGACUUGAGGUAUGUAGCGUAACUCAAUUUUAAAAAAAGUGUUUAUUCUGUACUGUGAGUCAGUGGAUACUAAAGGAAUAUGUGUUACAUAGGAGUAUUUUUGGGGCGGGUGGGGGAACUUUUGUUCAUAGUAAUGGAGAACUCGGCACAGAGACCAUGGUUAAAGGGGGAGAAGUUAAUCACUGUUUCUUUUGUUUAAAAAAGAGAUUAUAUGCUGUGAAGUUGGUUUAUUUGCUUCACUCUUCUCCAAGUAACGCAUGGAGAAGCUACAUUUGUUGCAAAAAGUUCAGUUUUAUAUUUAAGACAUUUUUUUACAGGCAAAAUAGGUUUAAAAUCGGUCUAGAUAAUUAUUUUAAAAGAUAGCUAUUGUCUCUGUGGAUUAUGACUGUUGAUUGUUAUUUAUAGGGUUGGAAGAGAAAAGGCAGGAAUUCUCCAGAUGUGUUGAUAAUUAUCCAUUAAGGGGGAUGAUAGAACUGUAGCAGGUCUUGGAUUAGAUGCAGGAUUAACUGGCAACCCCUCGAGUCCUGCUGGACGAGUAACUACUCUGUAAGGUUCACUGGACAACUUUGCCAUGAAAGUGCAAAUCUAAGACAUAUCAGUGGCAUGAUAAUUGCCCCUGGCUUUGAAUGUCAAACUUCACAAGCUAGACACAUAACACUCCUCCUCUUGCAGGUCUCUCGGUUUAUCGUAGACAUCUUUUGCUAUUAUCAAGAUUAUCGUUUUGACUCUGUUGUGUUUUGACUUUCAGUGUUUGCCUUAUGCUACACUGAAAAUAUUGUGUGAUUGUGCUGGUAUUGAUAAUUAUUAAUGAGAUAUCUAAUGUAUCAUAUUCUGAAUGGUGUGGGAUUUUUGUUUUUAUUGCUUUUWUUUUCUUUUUGGUUUAAGGUGGUUUACUCGUUGUCUCUGUUACCAUUGUGCAUUGCAAUUUUAUACUUAAAAAUAGAGGUUGGACUAUGUAAUCAACAAAUGUAUCUAACAAUACAAGACGCAUGGUGCCUUUGGGGCCAUUUCCCCCAGAAAAUUCAUUAAAUGUUUGUUAAAUUUG